AUGUUUCGCAACUCUGUAGAUGUCUUGCGAUCAGCAAAUAUCAAAGAUACCCUUAGGGUUGCUAAUCUACAACAGCCCCAUUCUAUUAUAAUGCAAAGAACGCCUGCUAUGCCCACUGGUUACUUGCUUCCCUAUGCAAUUCAUCGCUUGGACAUUGGUGGUCGUGACCUAACCGAUUACAUGAUGAACCUCCUCAUGGAGCGUAACUACAGCUUUCGUACCGCAGCAAGAAGAAGAAACACCAAGUUUAGCAUUCCAGCUGAACGCGAAAUUGUCAGGGACAUUAAGGAGAGCUUAUGUUACAUUGCGGUCGACUUUGAGCAUGAAUUGGCCAAUGUCGAAGAAUUAUCUUCGUUGCAGAAGAGAUAUCAGCUACCCAAUGGCAAG